CGUCAAAAUACACACCCAAACACCACCCCUCGACACCAUCGACCAACAAGCCCUGCCUUGCAACAUGUCCGGCUUCAAGCGCGACUGGAGUGGAAAUGCAAAGCGGCGGGAUGGACCGAAGCCUGCCCCGAAGCAGGUCGUGAGAAAUGAGUACACACCCAUGUUUGAGGGUUUGCGCAAUGAGCUUGAUGAGCAUCAUGACCGCCGAGAGCGUAUCGUCAAGGCAUCCCGGGAUAUCACGGCAUUGAGCAAGAAGAUCAUCUUCUCACUACAACGUGUCCGAAAGAUCGAGGACCAGCUCCCAGCCAACAUCCAGUCCGAGAUGGAUUCCCGCCUAGCAGAGAUCUCCAAGCUCCUCGCCACCAUUGCCCCCGAGAUCCAGGGCAUCAACCGCUACCGAUACUCGCGCUCACUGAUGUGCCUCGAGGAGCUUGUCGAGGCCCUGACGUUUGCACACUACCUCAGGACACAAUCGCUCAUCAGCCACACGGAGCUCGACCCGAUCAUUGAGGAACUGACCCGGAAGGGCGCAGUCUCAGAGGACGAGGUCAUGGCCGACGCCAGCGACACGGCAGGCACCACCGCCACCGGAAAGCCAGCCCCACCGACUGCUGAGCCCCCCACAGUCUCCCUCACCCAGGACGACUAUCUCUAUGGCGUGUUCGACCUCACGGGCGAGAUGAUGCGUUUUGCUACUACGUCGACUGCGUUGUCGGGGACUAUGGCUGGUGGGCAGGGCGGAGAGGGUGGUGAUGAUGAGCCGCGCACCAUUGUUCAAGACAUGCACGAACUCGGGACCUUGUUUGAGAUGCUGCCCGUGGGGUCUGGCAACCGGUUUCAGUGGGAGAAGAAGCUCGAGGUCACGAGGCAAUCAGUGCAGAAGGUUGAGCGGUUGGGUUAUGAUCGGAUUAUUCGUGGGAGUGAGCGGCCGAAGGGCUGGGUCCCUGACUUGAGCUCGGGGGACCAGGGCCAAGGGGAUGAGUUGGAUUGAUGGCGGGACUGAUGGUGAGAGUCUCGGUUGCUUUGUGAGUUUGACAACUACUCUGUUGAGUACGUGCCGCACUGUCUCACGACCUAGUCCAUGAUAGCUAAUAUUAUGGAUGCCAUUGUGCUAUUCCAACCCAAAUAGCCGGAAAAUAACCACAUGUGACAGACCCUUCUUUCUUGGUCUUAUCUCAUUCUCCAUUCCUCCCCUUCUCAUGAGAGUGACUGUACGCCGUGACGCCCCACCACGUACCCCCACCAUGCAAUUUCUGCCUUAGGCU